AUGUCUACCAGCGUUCCACAUAAACCUACAGAAUUCACUUACGUGCUCAUACCAGCUGACAGCAACGAGCCCAUCCAAGAGCUGAAGAGCCCUCAAGUGGAGCUUGAAGACGAUACGUUCGUCAAAAAGUUGAAGAUCUAUUUCGCUUCCAAAAGCGAUGAGGCCAGUCUGGACAAGCAACAGUUCUUGGCACAGCUGUCAGCCCAUGCGAAGCAAGAUGUUAGCAAAUCCGUGAGCUCAGAUAUGCUCGAGAAGCUCAUGUCGAUGACCACUGUGGACAUCCUCACGUUAGCCCUUCCGGUACCGAAGACCAACUACACUGGCGUUAGUAUGUACGUGGAUGAUAAAGGAGUUGCUAAGAACCUUCCUGUAAACUUACGGGCGCAAGGCUUGACCUCAGCAUGCGGUCUUCUUGGUAACCAAAUACGCGGGGAUGCAUUCGUGGGGAGAAUGUACGAUGAUGGAAAAGAUGAAUGGUUCAGGACUGACUUCAACGAGGCGGACCUCAACUCCGGCCUGGAGUGGAUAGCUAUGGCGAAGUCCAUCAACAGGAGGCAGGGCGGUGGUACGACUCUGAGUGCACUCACGAGCCAAUACGGCAUGGGAUCUAAUUCGGAAGUGGCGGCGCCUACUUCCGUUGCCAACAUGCCCAACAGGGAAGAGCCUGUGAAGCGGGAGGGAUAUACUUACCGCCAGACAAAGGACGAGGUAGAGAUCGAUAUUCCUCUGGCCAGCGGCGUCUCCAAGGGGGACAUCAAAGUGACCAUAAAGCCCAAAUUCAUUUCAGUCCACAUCAACAACAUGCCAGUUGCAAUAGAGGGUCCUCUAUGGGGUCAUGUCGAUACUGACGGUAGCGGCUGGAUGAUUGAUGAGGGUAUUCUGACCAUUACAAUGGAGAAGGAGAAAGUGAACCAGUGGGGAGAUCUUUCGUGGAAGAGUGAGUUUUUAGAGCGUCUUUGGUAUAGUAUGACGAGUAAGUCGGUGAAGGUUCUACUGAGCGGAGAUGUACGAGGCAAUCUCGAGCGACUCGUGUCAACCACAGAGAAACAGAUAGCGAAGGUUGGGAACUUUGAUCUGGCCUUGUGCGUUGGGGACUUCUUCUCUGAGGCCGGCGAGGAGGGGUUAAAGCCCUUCAUGGAGGGAUCGCGGAAGCUGCCUCUACCGAUUCGUUACCUAGCGUCAUCAUCAUCAUCGGCAACCACUGCUGUGGCGACACUGGAUAACCUGGCCAGCAUCCAAGGAGGCUCUAUCGUUCAAGUGGCUGGUCUGACCAUUGCUGCGAUGAACACUGAUAGCGAUGCUGCGAGUCUUGAGAAGAACAUCGCUUCGCUGAGCACCACGGUCGACGUCCUGCUUACCAACGACUGGCCUGAAGGCUACGGCGUUGGCCUUGACGUUUCCUCAGUACCGCCUCAUGUGACGCACGUUAUCACCAGCAAGGAGGUUUCUCGGAUAGCUGUACUGCUGAAGCCUCGAUACAUCUUCUGUGGCCAUGCUGAUCUGUACUACCUUCGUCAGCCCUUCAAAUGGCCUGAUUCCGAUAUAGUGUGUCGAAUGAUAUGUGUGGGGAAAGUGGGCAGUAGCGGUAAAGAAAGAAGGUGGCUUCAUGCCCUCAACAUCUCUCUGAGUGAUGAAGGUCGUUCGCCCGAUAACCUCACAAGAUGCCCCUUCGCCGAUGGACCAGAGCCUCAGCAGUCCCACAAGCGGUCUCAUCCUGAGGGGCAUCAGCACGACGCUAAACGGCAUGCUCCUGAAACGCCGUCUACAGAACUGUUCAUACCCAAUAUACCGCGCCAAGAGAACAGGUCCAACGAGGAGGCGAUAUGGACGAGCCUUACCAAGGUCUUCGAGGGCAUGCCCGGGUUCAGACGAGUUAACGUGGAUUCCGUCAGAGGUUUCGCCUGGGUUCGUUUUUCCACUGUGAAAGACGCUACGCUGGCUCGCGAGAAGAGCCAAGAGCUGGACAUGGGCGGCCGUCGCCUCAUAGUCCGGUUCAGUCGUCCCAAGGAGGGUGCUGAUGUGCGAGGUAUAGAUGUGAAGCAGCUUGACAGCUCCCCACACCAAGACUGCUGGUUCUGUCUGGCCAACCCCAAUCUGGAGCGUCAUAUGAUCUUCGCUGCUAAUCUUGAAGCCUAUCUAUCGACGGCCAAGGGCCCUAUCAACGACCUGCAUAUCAUUUUGUGUCCAGUGACGCACUUCGCGUGCAGUACGCACUGCUCAGAUAAGGUCUUUACUGCUAUUAACAAGUACAUUGAUGAAGUAACUUAUGUGAUGGAGUCCCAAUACAACAGCGAUGUCGUGGUGUUCGAAAGAUGGGCUCAAAUGCGGUCCUCAGCAGCCAUGCACAUGCAGGUGCAUUUGGUCGGGGUUCCUCGAGAAGGAGGAAAGCCUGCAGACUCCCAGAAAUGGCUAGAGCAGGUCACCACUAUGGCUGAUGACCAUGAGCUCAAGGUCCACAAGAUGGGAAGAUACUCCAGGGACGAGAUCGAAGGCAUCGCUAAGACCACGUCAGAGUCUGGCACGCCUCCAUAUAUCUACAUGCAGCUGCCAGGCCCAAACAAAGUUCGACUCCUUCUGACGCCGACUAGAACAUCAAGUGUUCCGAUGAAUUUCGGUCGAGAAGCUGUGGUGAAGUGUAUGGGCCUCCCGACUGAGAGACUCGAGUGGCGAAGCUGCCAGCAGAGCACCGAGGAGGAAACCGAACUGGCGAGGAAACUGAAAAUCUCUUUUGAAACUGCCAAAAGACAUUGA